AUGCCACCGCGCGCAUCAGGCAGCGGCUCUGCAUCCCGCGGUCGCGGCAGAGGUGGUGCAUCAGCCAACAAAUCCACAUCUACCGGCCGAGGCGCGGCAGCAACAGCCAGUUCUGUCCCUCGACGCGCUGCUUCCAGAGGAAGGGUUGGAGGUACUUCCCGAGGCGGAAGGAAGCGCCCACAGCAGGAGGAGGAGGACGACGACAACGAGGAAGAGCAGCCUGGGGUGGUUGAUUUAGAGGACGGGGAUGUCCCGAUGCAGGGGGGAGAUCGGGCUUGGGAUGGGGGUGUGGAUGGGUUUGGGGUGCCGGGUAGGGGUGAUGACGAGGGGGGUGGUGAUUAUGAUGAGGAGGAGGAGGGCCGGGAGAAGAUCCCGCCGGAGUUGUUGACGCGGAUUCUGCAUGCCUUCUUUGAGCGGGAGGGGACGAGGAUUACUAGGGAUGCGAAUGCCGCCGUGGCGAGGUAUAUGGAUAUUUUUGUGAGGGAAGCGAUUGCGAGGGCGGCGGUGGAGAGGUCGUCUGGGUUUUUGGAGGUUGAGGAUCUUGAGAAGAUUGCGCCACAGUUGUUGAUGGACUUGUGA